GUCGGUACCUACGGCGCGGACACAACGGAAGUUUAGACGGUUGCUCUGGGUGAACGGGGUGAACGAAGUGAACACUGACAGCAUCGCAUCAAUCAAGAAAUUAUUCUCUCCCCUAAAUUAACCCAGUCUCCCCUUUCCCUCACCUAUGGCGUCCAAUUCUAAUAUUGAUAUUGAGGGUGCGACCCAGCAUCUCCGGGACAUCCUCAAGCUUGACCGUCCCGGGAACGGCACCGAUUCACAAUCAAGUGUAGGUCAGAGAAAGCCAUCUUUUAAUGGAGAGCUGAAUGGGUUAUUGGGAGCAGCAGGCCUUCUAGGAAGCACUGAUCGGUCAACCAUGUCAGAAUCUACCAGACCCAUCUCCACAGACAUCAGCAGCGCUCAGGAGAGUCAGAUAAUCUGCCUUUCUGGUGAUGAUGGGUCCACCUGUAUCCCCAUAACCUCUGACAAUGUCGAGAUUGUGGCGAGUCAAGACUCCAGCAUCAACAGCAAGGCUCGAGGCAGCAACAAGGUGAAGAUUCAACCUGUUGCCAAAUAUGACUGGGAACACAAGUAUUAUUAUGGUAGACUGAUAGCUGUGUCCAACUCCUUCCUGGCCUACGCCAUCAGAGGAGCCAACAACCAUGCAAUGAUUCGUGUCCUGAGUCUGGGUUUUGCUGAGCGCUCUCUACUGAAAGGAUUCACUGGGGCCAUCACAGAUCUGGCUUUCGCUCACCUUGACUCCUCCCUAUUGGGUUGUGUAGAUGAAGCGGGUAACUUGAUGGUCUGGCAACUCACCUGCACUGGAAACAAGAUCCUAGAUCAGAUAGUGGUUCAUAUCAGACGGCCAGAAGACACUCCACUGAACUCUCACCAUCGCCUGAUAUGGUGUCCAUUUAUCCUGGAUGAUAAUGAGGAGAACCAGGAUGACACCAGCCAGACCUUGGCCCUUCUACAUGAAGACAGGGCUGAGGUGUGGGACCUUGAAGUCUUGAGAGCCAACAACAGCAGUUGGCCUGUCGAUGCCACAGAGCUGAAGGAAGGCCUCAUCACAGUUAAGGGACAUACGCAGCGAGUCAGUGAAGGGGCCUUGUCUCCAGAUGGAACUGUGUUAGCCACAGCCAGUCACGAUGGAUACAUCAAGUUCUGGCAGAUAUACAUUGAAGGGGGACAGGACAAGCCUAGAUGUCUCCAUGAAUUACGGCCUCAUGGAGGACGCCCCCUCUCUUGCCUUCUUUUUUGUGACAACCACAAGAGGCAAGAUCCAGAGGUUCCUUUCUGGCGUUUCCUCAUUACUGGGGCAGAUCAGAACCAGGAGCUGAAGAUGUGGUGCACUGUUUCCUGGACCUGUUUACAAACCAUCAGGUUCUCUCCAGAUCCAUUCAACUCAUCAGCUCUGCCAAGUCUGAAGGCUAGUCUGGACCUUUCUGCUGAGUAUCUCAUCCUCACCGACGUACAGAGGAAGGUUCUGUAUGUGAUGGAGCUGCGGCAGGACCUGGAGAAAGGGAAGGCCAGUUUCACAGCUGUGUCAGAGUUCCUGCUGACCCACCCUGUGCUCAGCUUUGGAGUCCGGGAUGUCACCCACAGCCGACUGCGACACACUGAGGUCCUCCCUCCAGAGGAGGAGAGCGAGAGCAUGACCACAGAGGGCACUCAAGGGCCCACAGAGUCCAAGUCUGGGAUCCAGAUUAAACUCUACUGUGUUCACACCAAGAGUCUGCAGGAUGUCCAGAUCUGGUUUCAGCCCAACGUGGCUUCUAGCUCUGCAGUCUUUCUGCCUCAUUCUGAUUCUCAGGAUUGUUUUGCUGGGUUUUCAGACCAUCUCACUGACCAGAGCUCUGACAAGGAGUCAGGAAGUGGCUCCCAGACCGACCUAAGGAAGAUCCCAUCUCUUCCUGCUCCUGCUGACUUCCUGUCAACUCCUGCCACUGGCAGUGGGCCAAUGCCCAAGCUGAUGACUCCCGAUGCCUUCAUGACACCAAGCACUUCGGUACCAGCAUCUCCUGGCAGCAGUGCCAGCAGUCUGACCAUUGUAACAGCUAUCAGCAGCAACUCUGACUCAACUAACAGAGUUAUUGACGAUGUCAGUCAGAGUCCUAACAGAGCAGAGAACAACAACAGCAGCAGUAGUUUGACACUCUCUGCCUCAACCAGCAGCCCUAGAGCUGCUUCUGCCGUGCUGCUGCCUGGACUGGAGAAUUUACAGGCUUUGGCAUCCCCUAGUGGUCCUCUUGCACUUGACAGCCCUCAGGUCUUGGACUCUUCCCUCCUGCCACCACUGGCCUCUCCGACCAGGGCCCGCUCCCCUGAUGUCAUCUCCUCAGCCUCCACAGCCAUGUCCCAGGACAUGCCAGAGAUUGCUUCACAGACCCUGCAGCUUCAGCGCGGAAUAGUUUCCAGCUUGGAGCCCUUACCACUUUCUGCUCUACAGACAGACAGCAUGGCCUCUGCUGCCUCUGCGCUGCACCUACUCACCUCACCACGCACAGCCAACAACAGCCUGUUGCCCCUUGAAAUUGGAGGGGCAGAUGGGCCAAUGGGCGGGGCUGUAGAGUCAGAGCCUAGACUCAACAACACCCCAUCUUUACUGGAGAAUGCCUUAUCGCAGGAGAACCCUGGGGUAGGAGGAGGGUCCUCAGAUGGUAGUGUUAGCCACACACCCUGGCCUGCUGCACCUGACAUCACCAGAGAAACCAGGAACAGUCUCAGGGACAAUGGUCUUGGAGACUGCUCAAGAGAGGAGUCAAAGGACAGACACUUGAGUUCCCCUUACCAUCGGCGCUCCUAUCACCUCACACAGAAUGACAGUCAGGACGCUGGUGCAGACCAGAGUGACCCUGAUGAUGAGGUGGCCAGCUUGGCAUCGUCCUCAGGGAACUGUGGCUCUCGCUCUUCUCACAGACUCCCACUUAAGGACUGGAAGACUUCACCACGAGGCUCACCAAAACUAAAGAGGAAGACCAAGAAAGAUGACAGUGACUCGUGUCAGUCCAGGCAAAUGGACUCUGGUCAGAUGCAUGUAGAAGUACAGGACGAGUUGUUGUUGCUCCUGCGUAGCCAACAGAGGGAGCUGACUGAUCUGCGUGGACAGAUUGAAGCCAUGCAGAGCUCCAUUAUGGCCCAGGUCGAGCACGUCCUGACAAACCACCAGGAACAAGAGCAGCGCAGGCUGGAGCGAGUUCUGUCUGAGAGUCAAAAUCAUCAGCAACAGCUUCAAGAACAGCUCAGCCAGCAGCUCAGCCACACCCUCAGCUCAGCCCUCACCAACAGAAUGGACAAAGUGCUACGCGAGGAAAUAAAGAAAACAGUCCCACAAAACAUCCAGCAGCUUGAGACUCAUAUGAAGAACAGAAAGCAGAGAGAGCAGGAGACACGAGACCCCAUGAUUGGCCAGCUCCAACAGAUGAUUGACAGCUUCCAAAGCUCCAGUGAUCAGAUGGCAAAUAACAUCACAGCUAACAUCCGGGCAGAGGUCCAGCACCAGAUCCAGAUGAUGGUGGAAAAUUUGCAGGAGUCUAUUCUUAGCCACGUGCAACGAAUUGUCAAAGGGGAGGUGAGCCUAGCAAUGAAGGAGCAGCAGGCAGUGGUCACUUCCAGCAUCAUGCAGGCAAUGAGGUCAGCAGCCGGCACACCCGUCCCCACAGCACACCUAGACUACCAGACACAGCAGGCCAACAUUCUGCAGCUCCUCCAGCAGGGCCAGCUCAACCAGGCUUUCCAGCAGGCUCUGUCAGCAACAGAUCUGAACUUGGUCUUGUAUGUGUGCGAGACCAUCGACUCUCAGCAAGUGUUUGGUCAGCACCCCUGCCCUCUCAGCCAGCCCGUGCUGCUGUCUCUCAUCCAGCAGCUCUCCUCCAACCUCUCAACCCGCUCUGAGCUCAAAAUCAGUUACCUGGAGGAUGCAGUAAUGAAUCUUGACCAUGGUGACCCCCUGACAAGAGACCACAUGUCGUCCGUGUUGGCCCAGGUCAGACCGAAGGUCUUUGCCUUCCUGCAGCAAGACCCCCACAGCCCGCUCAGCAAGAGGGCGCGGCGCCUGAUGAUGAUGCUGCAGGGUCUUGUCAACCACUAGUCCUUCAUUUAAAGUCUGAUGCAGAGGAGUUGUUUUCCUCAUAGAUACAGAUCAUGAGUCCAUUUUUGUUAUCAGUCUGCAGAAAGCAACACGGACUACUUCACCCCACUCUGAGCAGUUUGUUGGAGCUUGAGGAUGGAACAAGUUUUUGGUUGGAGAUGAAUGGUGAGAGCUCAUAAAUUAAUGGGUUUGAAACUUUUCACUUGCUUAAAGAAGAAGGUCCCCUCCAGCCCACCUGUCACACUCCACACAACCCUAAAUCCAGUGCUUUCUUCCCAUGGGCAUUUCUUCCCAUUCCUCCUCCUCCUCUACCUGCACCAGUGUGAAGUUAGGGAAUAGACUGUUUUUGUUACUCUUGUGUUUUUUUCCUAGACAUACCUUCAAUGUAAGACAAUAAUGGUCUGGACUGAAAGAUUGAUGUUGAUUUCUGUUAAAGAGACACGUUAAGUUCACUGUAGAUUCUUCCAGACCUUCGUUGCCACUGCUUCUCCCCCCUAAGAGACAUUCUGGUUGUCUCUCAUCCUUUCAUCCUUAUCAAGAAGAAGAAAACUGUCUCAGAAACGACACCCAGUGAGCCUGAUAAUUCCGGUCGCCCCCAGUCUCCCAGACACACAAUACCUGACACUCCUUUGAUGUUACAUCAUCCAAAUGUGCAUAAAACUGAAAGAAUGUUCAGCUGAGUGGUCCACAAGACCAAACAUCGCUGUUUAUUUUGUUCUGCUGUGUUCCUCUGACCCGUCAGUCAGACAUGUAGAGUUUUGGGAUAUUGGACAAGUUAUGAUGCAGGGGUUACUUCUGAGUAACAGAAAGAACAAAAGUAUGCUAAAAGGAGAAAUGUUUUGUUUCAAAAUCUCUCCUUGUCUCGCCUUAAGAGCAAACAGCAAGCUUGGACGCAUUUUCAUUUUCUUCAAUACAGAGCAGCAUCCUCACUAGAGUUAACUUGGAAUUCAGUUGCCACAGGAAUACACAGUCCUCAGUUCACUUUUCUUGAACAACCAAGCAAAUCCCAGCAACCAAAAGUAUGUAACAUUCAAAGCCAAUUUAUGUUGGUGGCAUAUUUCAUUUCAGUUAUUUCUUAAUAGGUUGGACAUGACAACCUUGCCAGGCUAGAUCUGUCACAGUGAGGAUCAGCAUGUUGAAUUGUUUUACAGAAAGUUGAUAACAUAUGUUCCUGUGUUGGAAGUAUUCAGAAUGAAAAGCAUAUCUCAUUAUAUGUUUUCACAAAUCUUUCUUAUGAGGGUUUCUGAAGGAUACAAAUGAGACUAAAGGAUGAGAAAUAACUAAAAAACAUUUUUGAAAUCUAAUAAAUAUUUGCGAAGGCCCUCCAGGCUGAAAAGAAUUCCCCUUUAAAAUCUGAAAUGUUUGGAGCCCAACAUCAAGGUUGGCAGCCGUCCAUGUGUAUAGCUCUGUCCUAUAAAUUGAUCAGAGACUGCUCCUCAUGUUUUCUUCUGUGUCAGUCCCUCUUUUAUAACAUUUAGUAUUUGUAAAACUUCUAUACUUACUUUAAGAGUUGUCAAACUAGUUAUAAAACAUUAUAAAAACACUUCCUAAACAUAAUUGUUACUGCUGAUGUUGUUUAAUCAGGAUAUUCCAAAUAAUGUUUGUUAAACUUAAUGUGCAAUUACUUCUCACUGACUCUAGGAGGCAGCACUUAGUUGGACUCAACCUGCUUGUCAUUUAAGUUAAUUCAGAAAUCCUUCCUGCUCUUACAGUAUCUGUAUCUACCAAACAUUGAAAAGCCUGCCUUUAGGUUGGAAAUGCAUUGUUAAUUCAUCUUUAAAGUGUGUUGAAAAUCUAUGAUCACUUGUGUACAGCCCAUUUACAAAUAUUGUUCAGUAACAGGGUGGCCACGCUUUGCUGAUUGUAAAAUAAAAGUUCUGUUAAUUUGACCUCUGUGUUUAGAUUUCGGUUAAGUUGGAUUUGUCUAGCAAGUGCCUUAUUGUAUUUUAUCUGUUUUGGACAUUUGAUCCCAUUUGGACCUUCAGACAGCUCGUAAAGUUUUGAGCAAUAUCCCACAAAAGCUCCAGUCAACUUUUACAGGCAUUUAUUAUAUUAAAACGUGGUUGGAUCUGAAGUAACGUUCAAACAGCACAGCAAAGGAGAACCUGUAUGUUUUGUUUGUAAACAUUUGACUCAAGACAAUUGACUUGGACAGAUAAUUUGAAUGCUCAGGUCAGUGUAUGAAACAGAGAGAGAUGUUACUAUUUUGACAACCACCACCUUCACCUUUCAGCUGCAGACCCUGUCGAAGGACAGGCUGACUCCUAAUUCACCCUAAGUGGGUGCUGUGUCAGUUUUUCUCUUUCCAUUGUGUUCAUUUCUCUGCUUGGUUGGUUACGUUGUACCUUUUACAGUUUAUUUUACCCCAAACAUUUUGGAAUAAAAAAUACUUGUUC